AUGUCGGGCAGCGCGGGCUACGACAGACACAUUACGAUCUUCUCUGAGCAGGGAAGAUUGUACCAAGUCGAAUAUGCCUUCAAGGCGAUAACGGCUGCGAACAUCAUGUCGAUUGGUGUUCGGGGCAAGGGCUGCGCUGUGGUCCUGUCGCAGAAGAAGGUGCCGGAUAAACUCAUCGACCCCUCCUCCGUCUCCCACAUCUUCCAGUUGUCGCCUUCGGUUGGUUGCGUCAUGACGGGCUCCAUCGCCGAUGCGCGGGCCUUUUCACAGCGUGCCCAGUCGGAAGCCGCAGAGUUCAAAUAUGCAAAUGGCUAUGAGAUGCCAUGCGACGCUCUGGCCAAGCGGCUCGCCAAUAUCAGCCAGGUCUACACUCAACGGGCAUACAUGCGGCCCUACGGUGUUGCGACCACGUUGAUAUCGCUGGAUUCCGAGUAUGGUCCCCAGCUGUUCAAGUGCGACCCCGCCGGCUACUACAUCGGGUACAAGGGCACCGCGGCAGGCCCCAAGCAGCAGGAGGCGCUCAACCAUCUGGAGAAGAAGCUCAAGAAUAAGGACCAUGCCGACGGUGAUUGGAAGGACGUUGUGGAGCUGGCUAUCACGACGCUCAGCACGGUCCUUAGCAUGGACUUCAAGAAGGCGGAGAUUGAGAUUGGAAUUGUAGGAGGCCCGCGCGCAGACGGCAAAGAGGGGACCUUCCCGGGCUUCAGGACGCUAACGGAAGAGGAGAUCGACGAGCGAUUACAAGCCAUUGCCGAGAAGGACUGA